UUUGACACUAUCAACCAAAACCAAUCAAUACCUUAUUUACUGAAAAACCGUGAAAGUUACGAGAAAAAGAACAAUAAAACAUUGUAAUUUUGCUAGAGUUAAUUAUUUGUAGUGUGCAAUAAUGUAUUUGGUAGCUGGUUCUAAUUUGUUUGGUCAGUGGUUCUGUAACGAUCCAAUAGUUUCUGGUUUCCAAGAUGUUAACAUAAGUGAAAAGAUUACCCAAAAACAUGACCUAGCAGAAGUAAAAAUAUCACAUCUCGGUUGGUCGUACAAUAUCCUCCAAACUGGAAAUGAUUUUUACCUAUCUGGAUGUUGGCAGGGUAAAGAAAACCAACUUGUAAAAAUAGAUUUACCUGAAGAUUGUAAAGUCUUAUUAGACUCCAGUUUAACAAUUGUUGGAAAUGAUUAUAAUUUAAUAUUAGUGGAUAAAAAGAAAUUUUCAGUUUGGGUUAUAAAUCUAGAAGAUGAGAACAGUGUAAAAAAAUUAAGUAUAAAUGUUGAUACACCAUUGAAAAGAACAAGUGACUCAAAAAGGAAAAGACUUGAAGACCAUAUUAUAAAGGUUGUAGCAACCAAUAACUCUUGUCUGUAUUUAACAGCUGAAGGGUCUGUUUAUAGUGGAUUACUGCCCAGUCACUUAGACACUAGUCAUUGUGAAGGUAAAGUAUGUGAUAUUGACUGUGGUUAUGAACAUUUUAUAUUGCUCACUGAUGCUGGUAAAGUUUACACAUGGGGAAACGGAAGGAGGCUGCAGCUUGGUCAUGGGGACUUGAGCAACUUUGAUUUACCAACAGAGGUAGAAGCACUAUCCGGCAUAAAGGUAGCAAAAGUCAGUGCUGGUGGAUGGCAUUCCUUGGUCCUCAGCGAAUAUGGAGAUGUAUAUGCAUGGGGAUGGAAUGACACCGGACAACUAGGAAUAAAAUCUGAACCAGAUAACCCAGCAGGAGUCCUGAAAACUGAAGGUUUGAAAAGCUAUCCUCUUCCAACGGUAGUGGAUUUCUUUGACUCCAAUGAUAAAGAAGUUAAUUUGGAUGUAAAAGACAUAGCCUGUGGAUCCAGACAUUCGACAAUAAUACUUGAAGACAACUCUGUGUGGAGUUCUGGAUGCAAUAAGUAUGGACAAUUGGGCUUUCCAGCAGAACUGCUGCCAACAGUAAAUUAUUUUAAAAAGACAUUUCAAUGUACCAGUAGCUCUAAGCUAAAGUGUGGGUUGUGGUCUACUAUUCUAAUGAAAACGUAAAUUAAGGAGUUGUAUAGUAUUACUUGUCUUGUUCCUUAAAGAUCUCAUAUCAGGAAUAAAAAUUAGAAUACAUUUCAGAAUAAAAUAAACUACAUUA